CAGAGUGGGAAUUGCUGCUGAUUCUCAGUGCCUCGACCAGUCGUUCGAGUUGCCUCUGAGCGAUCGGUCAGUCUCUGUUCAUCGCACGAGUGCUCAGUAAGAGUGUCCAGUGACUUCCCUCUGGAAAGCGCAUCCUGAUCGUUAGACACACCAAAAAGGCCAACAGAGAUUGAGGAGCCAAAAUGCGUCUCCUCAUCGUGGCAAUCCUCAUCGUGGGACUGAAUGCACAGGGCGACACUGGCAGUCUGGACGAUCUCAUCAAGCAGAUCUUCACGUCCACUCCGGGAAUUGGCGGUCAGGUGGUCACUCCGGUGCCACCCACGCAAGCGCCCCCGACGCGACCACCCACGGGCCCAGCGCCGAAUCCCUCUCAGGGCUGCGAUGGCGGUGAAUGCGUGCCGUACUACCUGUGCUCCCAGACAGGCAACAUCAUCACGGACGGCGACGGUCUGCUGGACAUCAGGAUCGAUGUGGAGAACGAGCCGCGCCCGUGCACGGACUACUUCGAGAAGUGCUGCGCCGUGAAGAACAAGCAGACGAAGCCCAUCAUCCCGCCGGUGCAGAUCCGCGAAGGGUGUGGCAAUCGCAACCAGGACGGCAUCGGCUUCCGCAUCACCGGUGACAAGGACAAUGAGGCGCAGUACGGCGAGUUCCCCUGGAUGAUCGCCGUACUGAAGGAGGAGCAGGCCAUCUCUCAGAUCCUUAAUGUCUACCAGUGCGGUGGAAGCUUGAUCCAUCCGCAGGUCGUGCUGACGGCCGCGCAUUGUGUGGACGGGAAGCAACCGAGCGUUCUGAAGAUCCGCGCUGGCGAAUGGGACACGCAGACGAAGAAUGAGAUCUUCGCACAUCAAGAUCGCGAGGUGGAGAGUUUCGUCAUCCAUCCGGAGUACUACAAGGGCGCCCUGUUCAACGACAUCGCACUGCUCUUCCUCAAGACGCCCGUGGAUCUGGCCGAGAACGUUCAGACUGUCUGCCUGCCGCCGAAGGACUUCAACUUCGACCGAACGCGAUGCUACGCCUCGGGAUGGGGCAAGGAUGUGUUCGGCAAGGAGGGCAAGUACCAGGUGAUCCUCAAGAAGAUCGACUUGCCUGUGGUGCCGCGCGACACGUGCCAGAACGCCCUCAGGACCACGCGAUUGGGCAAAUUCUUCGAGCUGCACAAGAGCUUCAUCUGCGCCGGCGGCGAUCCUGGCAAGGACACGUGCAAGGGCGACGGAGGAUCUCCUCUCUCCUGUCCCUCCGGACCGGGAUCCACGCGAUACUACCAGGCCGGAAUUGUGGCCUGGGGCAUCGGCUGCGGCGACAACCAGAUUCCCGGAGUCUACGUGAAUGUGGCGAGCUUCCGUGACUGGAUCGACGAGCAGAUGACGUUCAAGAGACUGGACACCAAGUCCUACAGUCUGUAGAGAGACAGAGUCCUCGUGGAUGUGUUUUUUAUCACUGAUGAAUGAAAAAUAAAUAACUUUCGAAGCUCA